GUGGGCCGGUUUCGUCGGCCCCGUGUUGCGGUUUCUCUUUCUUUGCUCUUUGCUGCUUUCUGCUCUUCCCUUCUGCCUUUUCUUCUUGCUUUUUGCUGGUUUAGAUUGCUUUGUAUGCGUGCGUGUGUGUGCGUGUGUGGGGCGUGUGUGUGUACAUGUUGUCACUGUGCCCUAGGUUCCUCAGAGUGAAUUGCAGAGCACGGGACACGGUGUACUGGAGUUUUAUUCCAUUGCUCAAUUGGUUGUAUGUCUGGUCGUCGGUCAGUCAGUCAUUUGGACUUGGAUAGACAGACAUCAGAGAGCACAUACAAGAUGAAGCCACGGAUUCUCGGAGUCCGGUCGACCGGACUCCCAUCGUCGAGUAUGGAUGGGAUGAUCAUUGGAGUGGUUCUUGGGAGUGUCGUGCUGGUGGCUGUGACCGGAAUCCUUGCCUUCCUCUGCCACAAGAAACGCUCCAUGCAACGUCGCGAGGACCGACAGUUCCUCAUCGACCAUCACAUCUCCUUCGCCUUGGGCUACUAUCCCACUCUGCGCGAUCUCGACCCCAACCAGAAGGAGCAGCAGCUCGAAGAAGGAAGAGGAGCAGGAGCAGGAGGAGGAACAACAACAAUAUCAGCCUUCCCUCCCCCAAUCCAGCCCAUGUCGCGCCUCUCAGCUCAUUACCAUAGCCCGGUAGAUGACUUCCUUCGCGACCCACCCCCAGCCUAUCAACCUCAACCCUUACCCACCUACGACCCUUCUCGAUAUCAGAGGGUCGAUGCCCCUCCUCCCCAUCCUCCAGUUGUUGGACUCGCUAUCCCCUAUCACCAUUAUCCUACACUGGGUCUUCAAGAGGAAAGAUCCCUAUCGUCGAUCUUGAGUCCACCAGCUCCUAUCAUGGCUCAGUGGGACUCGUUCAUUACUCCUAGAUUCUCCUUUCAGCCUUCACCCACGAUAGGUCCCUUGCGGGACUUGAAUGACGAUGUCUCUCUUUCUUCGUCUAAUACCUCAGAUGGCACAGCACAGCAGAUGCCGCGACGGCCUAGACCUGUGCUGUCGAGACUGGUGACGGACCUUCGAUGAUCGCGAGGGGAGAAAAGUCCUUUCUUUGUUUUUCUCAAGCCUUUCUGUCGCUCGCUUAUAGAUUGAUGCCUCUCUUGUCUUUUUGCUUCCCAUUUCUUGGGGAAGCGUUCAUUUCUGUUAGGAUCGGGUCGACUUGUGUUUGACUGAACGCAUGGAGGAGAAAGCUGGAUUGAUGCAUUAUGAUGAUGACGAUGCUUAUGCUUUGUGAUGUUGAUGCUCAUGAUUUCGAUGAUUACGAGAAGGAAGAGAGGAUGAGAGGAUGACCCAGCCCAUCGACUACGGAGUUGAGGGAAGAGAUGGUAUGAGCUCGUGGUUGGAGCUACUCCGCCAAAAGUCCUACA